GUCGCGGGGGCGGGGCGCGCAGGCGCAGCGGGCGCCCCGGCUCCGGAGCAUAAACAAGAGCGGGGACGUGAUGAGGCGGCGGUUGAUCUUAGGGCGGCUAGUGGCGGCGACCCAGGCGGCUAGCGGGGCCCGGCGCCGACCCUGAGUGCAGCCUGACCCGCCCUCGCGCGCGCGCCCUCCCCGGCCGGGCCCACUCGCCGCGCGCCCAGCCAUGAACCUGGCGAGCCAGAGCGGGGAGGCCGGCGCCGGCCAGCUGCUCUUCGCCAACUUUAACCAGGACAUCACAGAAGUGAAAAGGGCAUCAAGAGCAGCUGGUCUUGGCCGUCGCGCUGUUGUCUGGUUAGUUCCAACCCUGGUUUCUAAAAGUAUCACCUCGGAAGGCUUAUGUUAGAGGACUUUUUGGCUUUUUGAAAUUGAAGUGAACCAGUUAAUAAGUGGCAGAGGAUCACUUGAAUAUGAAAUGGAAAUACCAAGGACUGCAUUUUUCCAGUGGACACCACAGCUUGUGGGAAGUCCCUAGCUGUUGGUAGUAAGUCCGGUUAUAAAUUUUUCUCCCUUUCUUCUGUGGAUAAGCUGGAACAGAUCUAUGAAUGCACUGACACGGAAGAUGUGUGCAUCGUAGAGAGAUUGUUCUCCAGCAGCCUAGUGGCCAUCGUGAGCCUUAAAGCACCAAGGAAGCUAAAGGUUUGCCACUUUAAGAAGGGAACUGAGAUCUGCAACUACAGCUACUCCAACACGAUUCUGGCUGUGAAGCUCAACAGGCAGAGGCUGAUAGUGUGCCUGGAGGAGUCCCUGUACAUCCACAACAUUCGGGACAUGAAGGUGCUGCAUACAAUCAGGGAGACGCCUCCAAACCCUGCAGGCCUGUGUGCACUGUCAAUCAACAACGACAACUGCUACUUGGCGUACCCAGGGAGCGCGACCAUCGGAGAGGUGCAGGUCUUCGAUACCAUUAAUUUGAGAGCUGCAAACAUGAUUCCGGCUCAUGACAGUCCUUUAGCGGCAUUGGCCUUUGAUGCAAGCGGAACUAAACUUGCCACGGCUUCAGAGAAGGGGACCGUGAUUAGGGUAUUUUCCAUUCCAGAAGGACAAAAACUCUUUGAGUUUCGGAGAGGAGUGAAGAGGUGUGUGAGCAUCUGCUCCCUGGCCUUCAGCAUGGACGGCAUGUUCCUCUCCGCCUCCAGCAACACGGAGACCGUGCACAUCUUCAAACUCGAGACUGUGAAAGAAAAACCCCCAGAGGAGCCCACCACCUGGACCGGGUACUUCGGGAAAGUGCUCAUGGCCUCCACCAGCUACCUGCCUUCCCAAGUGACAGAAAUGUUCAACCAGGGCAGAGCCUUCGCCACGGUCCGCCUGCCAUUCUGCGGCCACAAAAACAUCUGCUCGCUAGCCACAAUUCAGAAGAUCCCGCGGUUGUUGGUGGGUGCCUCCGAUGGGUACCUGUACAUGUACAACCUGGACCCCCAGGAGGGCGGCGAGUGCGCCCUGAUGAAGCAGCACCGGCUAGAUGGCAGCCUGGAGACGGCCAAUGAGAUCUUGGACUCUGCCUCUCACGACUGCCCCUUAGUCACUCAGACAUACGGCGCAGCCACAGCAAAAGGUACUUACGUGCCUUCAUCCCCAACGAGACUUGCCUACACAGACGACCUGGGUGCUGUGGGUGGCGCCUGCCUGGAGGACGAGGCCAGUGCCCUGCGCCUGGAUGAGGACAGCGAGCACCCGCCCAUGAUUCUUCGGACUGACUGAACUUGACCUGUGACCUCUGACCCGGGGAGCAGAGAACACUGGCUUCACAGAGGACUUUGUGCAUUGCUGCUAUGAACUUUGACCUGAGUCGGGGGAGAGGAUGGCAGAGACUUUAUUAAAAAAAAAAAAAAAAAAAAAAAAAAAGAUUGUAGUGGUAGUCUAACUCCAUAACGCUGAGGACAUACAUCGUUUUCACUUCAGUGGCUUUUAAAUCCUGCUUAUGAAUUUUAGCUUUUUGUUUGUUUGUUUUCUCUUUUUGCCAAAAUUAACUGUUUGGUGAAGCCCGCAAAACCUCCUCGCUUUGCAUGCAUGAACGUGCCAAGCCAGCAUAGGGGAGCUAGAAGCCACUUUCCAGCCACCUGCCGUUGGGUUUUUUAAUAUCUGUACAUAAUGCUGAGUGCAUAAGGAAGCCGUGGCGUUGUGCACAGUGGGUCUGGUUGUCAAGGCCAGUUCUGCAGUGACAGGCCCAGGGGCUGCCCACCAGGUGUGCUGGGCGGACUUCGGCUGGGGCAGGAGCCCUCUCUCCCUGGGGCCCCACCUGGACCAUUUUCCCUCCGUUUUAUUUUGUUAAUUAAAUUCUUUCCAAAUUGGAUCACUCUGGGAUUUCUUCCAUGGUGGACUUUUGUUUCUGAUCUUGUUUUCCAUGUGAAUAUUGGAGGAGAGCGAGGUUCUUUCUGAUACUAAAAACCUUUCUUUCAGGCAGCAAAUGAACUUAAAAGGUUGCCUGGACUCCCUGGAGCAAAGGAAAGCGAUUUUGUUUGUAUAAUUAAAUGAUCUGUUCUUCUACUUUACUCUUCCUGUUGAAAAACUGUGUGUGUUUUUUUUGUUUUUUUUUUAAGGAAAGUUUGUAGCUACUCCUAUGCCCAGGAAAGCACAGAAUUCAAGUGUGGUGGCCGUCCGAGCUGUCCUUUCUCUGGCCCUGCUGUCUGCAGGGGCUUCCUACCUGUGUGAGAGGUCGUAGCGGGAGACAGCGACAGACAGAAGGCGGCUGGGCCACGUCCUUCACAGGGCGACAUGUGCCUUUCUAUUUUCAUCUUAGAAAAUUUCCUCAGCAAACCGAUGAGAGAUUGUGGUUGCAAGCUUCAGUAUUUGCCUCACUUCCCUUUUCCUAUUUACGGAAUUAAAACAACCUCAAGUACCUCAGACUCUGCAUUCCAAACCAAGACACCUAGCAGCCAAAGUGUUGAGGGCAUUUAAGUGGAGUUAAUGGCAGGAGAGAUGGUUUUAGAAUCUUUGGAGUGGUGUAAGUUACGGAUAGAAGGGAAAAGGCAAAAACUGUAUUUACCCUGCCUUUGCAGGCUCGGAUUUUUGAACCGAGGAAGGCUGGGACGCCUGUUUCCAGAUGGUUGUCAUGGUCACACUGGGUGAAGAGCUGGAGGGGAGUUGCCACCUCCGCUGAGCGGCUGCAGUGAAAUGCCCCAGUGUUCCUGGGUUGGCUUUACGGCAAACUCCUAAAUGCAGGGGACGCUGGAGUCGGACUCAACUACACCGGCUUCCUCACAGCCGCUGGUGUGCGGCACACAGCCCAUCUGCAUUAGGCAGAGGUGCAGGUGGGCUGAUUGAACUUUUCCUUCAAACCCUGCGUGUCUGUCCUGGACCUUUGAUGAAAUGGGAUCCCGGUCACGCAGGCUGAGGCGGUGGGGACCACUGAGGCCAGAGCGGGCUAUGCUUGAGCAGGGAUGAGAAGGGCCGCGGCAGCACACAGCCUUGACCCACGCCCGCAGCUUGUGGUGCAAGGCCAGAGGGCUCUCUAGAACCUGAGCGUGCACUCCAUCUCCUGGGAGGCACGUUUGGCUAGAGUGUGUUCGUGGGGGGAAAAAAGUGCACAAGAGAUACGGAACCCUGAGCUAGGGUUCCCCAUCACCAAAGAGAGCUGCAUUUCCAGUUCUGUGUUAAAGUGCCGUUGGUUCUGGUGCCUGCCUGUCGUGAGGAUUUGGAGACUCGAAUCUCCUUUGCCAGGUCCCUUUUGUCUGUCUUUGGGAUUGGUAGUACUAGAAGAUGCGGGGAAUUCUCUUCCUCGCGCAGCCUCGGCUUCCCACACUGUAAGAUGAGGCAGUUGCAGAGGAGGCCUCGGAUGUCCUGUGACCCUCGGCCCACACUCCCCCUCGGGUGGCCCAGGCAGGGCUGGCUGGGUGCUUUCCAUGCAGACCACAGGAAGCCCUGUGCUUGCCUGGGUCAGAGCUAAGCCGUGCGCUCUAAAGAAGGGAGGAGGACUGCAGAUUCUUGGUCAAGAAGAAUGAAGAGGAUGUCUAUGUUUGCUGAGCAGCCAUUGUGGAGGGUUACCCGCCUCCACUUUGCUGUUGCCCGUUUCACUCCCACCAGCUCCUCUUCCUCUGCUGGAACCCAUGAGUCCCAGCCUCACUGGCGGCCUCAGACGUGCUUGGGAGUGACGGGGACAGAGAGAGGCCGCUGAGAUGCCCUUUAGAACUCUCUGCUGCGCCAGAGACCCAGAUGGAGAGGGACCCUGAACCAAACAGAACGUGUACUAAUUUGCCGAACUCCAAACUGUACACUCAUAUUCAUUUUUAAAUUAUAUUUUUCCAGACUUCAAAAAGGACAAUGAGGGUGGGGGAUAGGAAACAAAACCUGUAAACGUUGUGAAUGGGCUCAGUGGACUCUGGGACCAAACCUGUAAUCUCCAAAACAAUGGGACCAAGAGCUGCAUAGAACCUGGAGUCAAAAAGAACUGCUUCAGUCCCCGCUGUACCGCCUGCCUAGCUGUGGGAGUGGGCAGGGUGCCUGGGAGCCCACAUUUUCUGGACUGUUCGCGGGACUCAUCCCUACCUCACAGGGCUGUUGUGAGGUGUUGUGUGACUGCGUGUCCUGCAAACGCCCAACUCAGUGCCCAGCCGGCGGUGGGCACCCAAUAAACGCUACAACAUAAA